AUGGCGAAGAUAACAAGUAAGAUUCCUGCGCUUAACAAUCUUAAGCAGUGUCUCCAGUUCCUGGAGUGGUUGAAAAAUGACGAACAUAUGCAAGGUCAGGUGGCCGAGGAAUUGGCUCGGCGUCUUAGAAUAUAUUAUUCUAAGAAUUCAGAUGCACAGAACAUAAAAACCGCACUGUCGCGAUUGCUUUUUCAAGUGUCACACUUCUAUGAUAAAUUGUGCAAAGAUGCGCAGCCUACUAAUUAUAUGGAGAACACGCCUAGUGUGGUAUUAUUUACGCUACUCGCUUGCAUUCCCAAAUUGCUCUCCGUCGUCUACUUCUUGCAAUAUCAUGUGGAUAAGAGGUUCGUUGCGGUGGGUGGAGGGGACUGGGCGGACCAAACGAUUGGAUUGGUUGCAAUGUCUACAUCUGGUGUCAGUAAGAUUGAUACAUAUCUCAUUGAUACGUCCUUCGUUAAGUAUGGUGUCAUUUCUGGUGGAUUCGAAAAAGGCGAGUUGAAAGAAGGUAAAAAUGGUGGCUAUACCUACGGUGGGGAGAUGGUUGAUAACCUCCCAAAGUUACUGGAAGAGUUACAUACGAAUUUCUUUAGUGAUGUCUUUGUCACAUCGGCUUUGACCAAUGCUGGCUCACAGGCUUCCAACACGGCAAACGCUCUUGCAUUGCUCAAAACAUUUUGCGAGAUUGUGGACAAUGACAAGGAUAACAAGGUAGAAAACGCUCUGGAUGGGUAUAUCAACGAGUACGGAAACUGCAUAGAUUGGGAACAAUUGAAACCACAUUGCGCCAUUCUUAAAAAGUCACUUGAAAAGAUUUUCAAUGCUGGUAUCCUCUCCAACACUGGUCAUUCGCCAGCAGUUGAUGAUCUUAACAAAGAAAAGUUCGCUAAAAGGAUGACGAGGUGGCUUAAAGAGAAUUUGGAUAGAGUGGGGUCAAGUCUGAAAGAAAUUAAGGCAAAUCGCUAUACAGGUGCUGGUGAAUAUUUCAACAAGCAUUUUUUCCCAUAUGGUUUUAUAUUUGAUGAGCGAAACCUUGGUACGGAGAGCAAUGGGUCAGAGAAUUUGGAUCAGAAGUGGAAAGGGGUAAUAGGGAUGCUCGGUGGGUACGGUGGAGAACUGGAUGCGCUUGUACACAUUUUAAAAGGUCGAAAGUGUGAUCAAACCCAUGGCCAUCAUACAUCCCCUCAGGAAGCAGAUGCCGAGGAUCAGUAUGAUGAUGUUGUAGAGUUGGUGGAGGAUGGCACUCUGGUGGAUGCUGCGUCAUCAGGAUCUCCAAACCAAAAUAAUGGUCAAAGUGAACAAAAGCCUGAAAUAUCGCAAGCACCACUUGGUUCUGACACUCCUCCUGAAGAUGGUAAAGGUCAAGGCCCCUCUGGUUCGGGUGACGGAGGCAAGAGUUUGCAGGUCAGUGAUCCUCCAGCUCAACAGCUAGUUCAACCACCAGCAGCUGCACAUACUUCCUCAACAAGUACUCCGAGCCCAGGCCAUCCGUCACCUGGUGGCCAUGGUCCAGGUGGUGGUACAGGCGCACCGGGGUCUAAUGGUGAUCCAGGUCAGCUGGGGCCUACUGGUCCGGUUGCUUCAGCGUCUUCUCAUCUUCCAGAUGCACAGGGGAUACAACCGCCUCCGCCCACACUUCAAUCCUCGGCAAUGUCCACUCCAACCCCUCCCGCCAGUCCUGCUGUAAGCCCUAAGCUCCCUGCUCAAGCUGCGGUGCUAGGUGCGGGGUCGGAUAGUGCUUCGUUAGGUACACAGAAUACAGUAUCUCCACAGGCAGUGCGCAAUCAGGCAGCCAAGGUUUCGACCCCGCGAUCUGCUGCAUCUGGUAGCCUUGCUCCCGGUAGUGGUCGAGGUCAGCAUUUGCCUGAAUUAGAAGUGGAAGUUUUGAAGCCUAAAUUGAUACAUAGUAGGGGUGUUUAUAAGCCAAGUGCCGAUGCGCUUUUCAAUUAUGAUAUUGAGAAAUCACGAUAUGGCAAGGGCAUCACCCCUCCUAAAUAUCCUCUGACCGGCCCGCAGACAUUUGGCAAACCACAUUCCCAAUCGGAUUUAGCUUACAACCGGGAUAAGUUACGAGAAGCGUCAGGUUUGUCGAACGCAUUGGGCCUUCAUGACGCCGAUGUGCCGUUUGAACGUUUCGAUUUCCAUGAAUCACCCAACGAAGGAAUUACUAGUGAAGCCUAUAUUCCCCAAUGCCGUGAACCCUGGUUUGUUGAGCCUUCUUCCCUUACCACCAUCUCAGCAACCAGGUCGCCUCCCCCGCCCUCCGAUCAUUUGCCUCCUCCCCAGACGAUCCGGGAAAUGCUUUACUGGCUUGUGGGCUUGACUCAGUAUAGCUAUAUUUAUAUAAUAGAGAAGCACGUCAAAAGCAUCUUAAAUGAACAAAACAACGACGUUUUAUAUCCUUCGCAGCACUCCGAUGCUGUAGAGGUAAUCGGUGAUCCCUCCACGCUGGACGCUUCCCAUGUAACCGCCAAAGUGACAGAAGCGUGCCACUACGCUGCGGUCGUUAUAUACCGGAUUGAGGACAAAGGCAUUUCGAACGCUAUGUCAAUUCCCGAGUUCAAUGCAGAGUAUCGCAAUUAUUACUACUCUCUCGACCCCGCCGGGCUCCUCUGCCAGUUGCGUGACUACGUGUACGCCUGCCACCACCAGCUGGAGUUCUUAAAGUCGCAGUGUAGUCGGGACAAGUCACAUGGUGGUUGGGUAACUUGUCAGUAUGGGCAAUCCGUAUCUGCUGACUCCCCUCUCCAGGCCUUCCUGACUGACGCCUCCAACUAUAACACUUAUUUCUACAACCCGUGUGACGUCUGCCUCAAGAGUCGUAUCAGGAUGGGAUUCAGAAAAGGUUAUUUCGGCAAGAGCCCCAAAGAUGCCAGCUACCUCUAUUACCUCCUCUCUCCCACCUGCAGCGUCGAUGAUGAUCCCUUGCUGACAUUGUCCGCUUACCUCAACUGCCUCACCAGGCGGACGCCACGCACAACCGGGGAGCUUGUCUCAUUCUUCCAUCAUUUCGGAAAUGAGCUGUACUUAUCACAUUCGAAAGGACCGUCAAACCUGGGAACUGCCCUGUCCACUCCGCAUCCCAACUGCCCUGACUGGGACCAUCUUGGUCGCCACGACCUUCACGCCGUCCGGGGUAUCAGGGGUACAGACGCUUUCAACACCAUCCACGACAAUGCACAUCCCCGUACCUUGUCCACACUGGUUGGCUGCAGCGGUGAUCGUGCCAAUUGCCCUCAACACUGCUCCCCAAUCACCUAUCGGGCGUACUCCCUGUACUCUCCGACUUUCGCCCACACCUACCUCAUCUGGGCGGUUUACCUGCCGGACAGACUGUGGGAGUCACUCAAGAAACUACGUUAUGAUUUAGAAGGGCAUGGUAACACCAAGUGCGCAUCACUCCACUCAUGCCCCUAUGCUAUGCCCCUCCUCUACCUACACGGGUUCACGCCACCGGAGGGCACACCGCAGACAUCACUCAAGUGCUCUGAUGUCAUCUCUAAGUUGGAAAAAAUUGUCAACGGUCAACCUAUCGCAUCACUUAUGACCCGCAUGGACGACUUCCUCUACAAAGUCAGGAUGCCCUUCAUCUACACGCUCAUCGCAUUGUGGUCGGCCGCAGCACUUCUCCUCUCAUACACGAUACUGUACCGCCUGGACAUCCUGUACCUGUGCUCUCAUGCCAUCAGGUCUAAGGCUUCACACCUCAUCGACGUCAAGGCGCUGCUCACCAAUAGCAGGAAGAUGCUCUCACUCUACGACGCCGACUACUUUGACGAUGAUCCCAAUGAUCUCAUAGACCAGCUUAAAUAA